AUAACUUGAAGAAAUUGUUAUUAUUCUUAUUAAGUUCCCCAUAAAAUCUCAUGGCAAGCAUAACCACAAAAAUUCAAAAGUUACCUCCAAAAUAUGGAAAUAUCAUAACAAUUCUCAGCAUAGAUGGAGGAGGCAUCAGAGGAAUCAUCCCUGGAGUUAUUCUUUCUCACCUUGAAUCUCAGCUUCAGUUGGUGGAUGAUAAUAAAGAUGCAAGACUAGCUGAUUACUUCGACGUAAUAGCGGGAACUAGCACAGGUGGCCUUAUAACAGGCAUGUUAUCAGCACCAAACGCCAACAACAGACCUUUGUUUGCUGCCAAAGAUGUUGUCCCAUUUUACCUUGACCACAGUCCAAAAAUCUUCCCUCAAACUAGGGGAAUAUUUGCCGAUACUGUUAAUCUGGUGAAAGCAUUAGCAGGACCCAAGUACGAUGGAAAGUAUCUUCACAACCUGAUAUCAAAGAAUUUAGGUGGAGUGAAGUUGCAUCAGGCUUUGACCAAUGUAGUUAUUCCUACUUUCGACAUCAACAAACUCCAACCUGUUAUAUUUUCUUCUUACCAGAUAACAACCUCAAGAGUCUUGGAUGCUCCACUUUCAGACAUUUGCAUAGGUACUUCGGCUGCACCAACCUUCUUGCCUGCUCACCUUUUUACAAACAAAGAUAAUGAAUCUGGAACUACUGAACAGUUUAACCUCAUAGAUGGGGGCAUAGCUGUUAAUAAUCCGGCUUUGGUGGCAAUCAGUGAAGUCUCCAGACAAAUUAUUAGGAAAAAUCCAGAUUUUAACCCGGAUAAGCCUAUGGAUUACAAUCGUUUUCUUGUGGUGUCAAUAGGAACGGGUUCAAAAAGGAGUGAACAAAAAUACGAUGCUAAAAUGGCUUCUAAGUGGGGCAUCAUAUCAUGGAUAUUUAACAAUGGAUCUACUCCUAUAUUAGAUUUUUACAGUGAAGCCAGUGCUGAUAUGAUUCAUUACCAUAAUUCUGUGGUUUUUCAAGCCUUUCGGUCUGAAGAUAGCUACCUACGUAUUGAUGAUGACACACUAAAAGGGGACGCAGCCUCCGUGGAUGUAGCAACCGAAGAGAACUUGAAUAAAUUAGUGGAAGUGGGUCAAAAUCUGCUGAAAAAGCCAGUUUCACGCCUCAAUGUGGAUACCGGUAUCUAUGAACCUAUUCAGAAUGGUGGUACCAACGAGGAAGCCCUGAAAAGGUUUGCUAAGUUACUUUCCGAAGAAAAGAAACGCCGGGAGUCCAAUGCCCAGCAGAAAUAGGGUCGUGGUUUAAAUCUACUCUUGUUGACUUUGAAAACUGUUCUAAAUUCAUUUGUGCAAUCUUGGUUUGGAACCAAAUAAUAACACUUUUUCAAAUAAUUAUCUCCCUCUGUAACUGCAUGUAUUGUUUGUAAAACUAUGUAUAUUAAAGAAAAUUAAUAAACAGUUGGCCAACUGUGUCUUUUCAGUGAAA